CUAAAGCCGCUGGACGCAAUGAACGGUAACUCAUUUCUCCGUGACUUUCCCAUGACUUUCCCGUGACUUUUCCGGUGACUGUUGAUCUCUGCCUCCCGUUUUCAUGAUUAGAUUUCGCUCUCUUUCCAGGGCUGCAACUGUCUGGAAGAAUAUUACAGUUUCUUUUUUUAAGCUAAAGCCACGUAGAAUGUCACAAGAAGUCAGUGUACAUCCCAUGGCCCAAGGUGGGUUUGACAAGCGCGACACGUCUCAAAUUUAUGAGCGGUGCAGACCGAGCUAUUCAAGAGAGGUUGUACACUUCCUUCUCGAUAAACUUGGCAUUGCACCUUUUGCUGCUUCAUCAAAUCAGCCAUUACGAAUCUUAGAGCUUGGAGCAGGAACAGGAAAGUUCACCGGUGCCUUACAAGAUGCGCUUCGUGACAGCAAAGUGCAAAUCAUAGCGAGCGAACCGUUGAUUUCUAUGAGAGAGGAGUUUGGGAAGAAACAUCCGGACAUAUCUCUUAAGGACUUUCCAGCCGAAAACAUCGAUUUACCUAAUUCUAGUGUGCAUGCAGUGAUUGCUGCUCAAAGUUUCCACUGGUUUGCCAAUGACAAGUCCAUUUCUGAAAUUCACCGUGUACUUGUUCCAGGAGGCAAGCUUGGUCUGGUAUGGAAUAGGCGUGACCGCUCCCUACCUUGGGUGAAGGAACUGGAUGAGGAAAUUGUCCUCCCUUUAUAUAAGCAAUCCAAUACACCAAACCAACAGUCGGGUGAAUGGGAGAAAGUCUUAAGUGCAUCUGGUAAAUUUGGGCCCAUAAAUAAUGAUGAAAGUUUCAAAAUGGAACAGACUUUUAACUUUGAUGAGUUCAUAAACAGAAUCAUGUCUAUCAGUGUCGUAGCAGUGCUAAGUAAGGAAGAACAACAAAGAACAAUAGACAGGGUUAAAUUAAUUUUGAGCAAACAUGACAAGCAGGAAAAAGGCACAUUUACCAUUCCUUAUAUUGUUCAGAUUUACUGGUGCCAGAGAACAUAAAAGUUACUCUCCAUGAGUGGAUAGAUUUUCUACUAGUCUUAUAAAUAUACUUUUUUAAUUUACAUACCAUUUUCUCAGGCCUACAUGCCCAGAUAGUAUCUACAUGUAUUGGGAAGUUGUAAUCCUUUAAUACUUCCUUUGCAAAUGAUAUUAUUUUUCACGACUGGGUGUAAUUGAACUGUUAUAUAUCUCGUACCAUUUUUCAGAAUUUCCAUGUUGUUGUAAUUCCUCGAACAACACUACAAUAAUCGAAGUGGGGUUACACUAAGGCUGCAAACAGGCGGCCUGGCGUGGGCAGAAAACACAUUUGACCACGAGCACAAAAAAAAGAAUUUGGCAAGUAAAGCAGGCUGGCCAGUUCGCUUCGCCUGUGGAUCUCUUUUUUUUUUUUCGCGCUUGUAAGGCUCGCUUAAUUUAUUUCCGCCCUCACUGGGCCCAUGGGAGCUUGUUUGCAGGGUAGGUUGCACUAUAGCGUUUUAAAAGCACAGGAGUGUUUCAAAUGGAACAAAAAACUGCUUUGCUUCACUAAGGGACUACAAAGGCAAACACUGGCAAACUAGCUGUUACACUGCCUUGUAACAACGUUCUGAAAAACACUUUCAGCUAUAGUGUUGCAGAGCUGUGGAACAGUUUACCUGUCAACCUGUCAAACUGCGGCAAGCACAAACUCUCACUAGUUUUAAAUCUGGCCGCGGCAGUUUCUUGAAUAAUUUGAAUAAUAUAGUCAUGAACACACAUUAUUCAUGGAAAA